UUUUAUUUAUUACUAAAAGAUUGUUUUCUUUCAAAAAAUAAAAUAAAAAUUUUUUUUUUAAAAAAAGUUGGUCUUCAGUCUUCUUCCUAACAAUUCACUGUGAAUCCAUUGUUUCUCACGAAACAAAAGCAACCCACAUAAAGUCCCAAAGUCUUUUUUUUUUUUAAUUUUUUUUAUCAAAAUUAAAAUGGAUUCUUCAUGGUUCAACCAAGGAAAACUCCAAACAAUAUCAGAUUCGCGGUGUUCGUACUUUGGUGGUCGGCGUUAUAGAGGACGGGAAGGCCAUGUCCGUCGUGGUGAAGGUUGGGUCCUCGGCAGCAUGGACGGCGCUAUCCAGGUGUUUCAAUUGACGGUACCUGACAAUGGGCUAAGAAGAUGCAUUUACUUGCAACCCCUCAAAAAAAGGAAAACUGAACAAAAGAAGCUUCUUAACUCUGGAAAUAACCCUAUGCAAGGAGAAGAUGCAGAAGAACAACAACUCCCUGCAAAUAACGAAGAAGCAUCACAAAAUGAAAAAAAAUGAGACAUAGAUAGGACUCUUUAUAUAAUUUACCUGAUAAAUAAAAUAUCCUGAUGCAUGUGAGAAUUAACAAUUAAGUAGGGUAGGGAGACCGUGAGCAGAAUAAAGGGGGGGGGGAGAAAAAAAAAGGUGGUGUAGUAGGAUAAGCAACAAAAGGGUAUUGUUAUUUACUCUCUCUAACUAUUAGUUUUGCAUUUACCGAAUUUUAUUAUUAUUGCUAUUUGAUUUUCAA